AUGUUCGAGGUCUACGCGAGGCCGCGGGCCUUGCCGAGCAUGCUAUCGCUAACUCAGAAUUACACGACAAGGCCCUAUUCAGUGAGACCAUCAUCAAAACCACCACAACCAAAGCUGUCGUCUCAAGCGAAACCACCACAACCCACAAGAUUCACGUUUGUCCCAAAAUCAGAGUGGGCACCAGAAAGAGACCCGAUACAUAAAGACGACGCCUUGGUCCGUAUUUCAAGACGGGUCGUUGAUAACCAUUACGCUUCACAGAGAGAAAGAUCACGAAAGCUAGAAGAGAUCUUCGAGAGAUUCUCAAAAGACAAAUCACCACGAAAGAGACCAGAACCAGAGAGAGAAGCACAGGAAUUAUCGGAAACGCACCUGCAGCAGGACAUGCUGGAGUUUGAUAAACGGUUUCUGAUCGCGAACUUGGAAGAGGAAUACGCCAAGUACAAGGCUAGACGAUCUAGCAUGACCUCGAAAGAAAGACACAAGGUAUGGGUUGACAUGGUGGGAUGGUCACUGGAAAUACCUUAUUCAAGAGAGCUGUACGAUAAGCCCCAGGAUUUCAGGUUGCUCAGGAGGCGCAGAGCAAUUGAGCUGAUUCGCAUGGUAUUCGGUUAUCAGCUCAGUCCACGCUUGAAGAAAGAGAUAGCAGACAGGCUACCAUACCGGCUCCGAGGCAGCAAUAUGAGAGACGUCAGGCUCAUCUGUAUCGACACUGACAAAGCCAGGAACACGUCCCGGGGACCGAAGGGGGCCAAGUCGUUCCAUAUGGGUGUGGCUAUUCUGGACACCAGGGAUCUCCGAGACGUCAUCCAAAAUGGCUUCAAACUUGAUAAUCCAUCAGAUCUCAUUCGGACUUAUCAGUUUGCUGUCCAAGACCGCGUGCCCAAAGUGGAGCGUUUCUGUUUCGGUGACACAGAGGCCAUUACCCCAGAGGACCUGAAGCGCAGAUUCGUCGAGUGGCAGAAAGGAAGAGAUGUGAUCGGCGUUGCAUACUCGCUUCACGGCGACCUGGUCCUCUUAAGAGAAUUCGAGAUAUUCGUGGACGCAAUCUGCUGGAUCGAUCUGGCCCUAGCACAGUACAUUCCACUUCAAAACACUAUUGCACCAUCGCUGGCAGUUGUCAUGAACAGACUGAGGAUCCGCUACGCAGGCCGGCUGCACGAACCGGGAAACGACGCGCAUUUCGCCAUGAGGACUCUCCUUGGACUAGCAGUUCUGGAUUUCUGGCGCGAGUGGACUUAUUGGGGAAAUGGGCUCGGUGCCAUCCCACGUUGGUACGACCUAGCUACAAAAAUAGUCCGGGCUGAUAUCCCAAGACCAGAACGAUGGGGCUUCAUGGGUUGA